UGGUCAGAUCUCCAUCAGCAACUCGCCUCACUCAUCCCGCCCCCUGGAAUGCUGGCUUUAAGCCAAACCUUCAAAGGUCGGCUACUAUCCAGACCUCUGGAGUCUCGAGUACGACAUGGGAUACAUACCUCUGUUACCUCGCAGGGCCAUGGGAAGGGACACCGACGAACUUCCACGACGAUGAGAUCACUCAUAAUGGGUUCUCCUGGUGCCGGCAAGGGAACGCAAACGAAGCGCAUAGCGCAAAGAUUUGACAUCAUUACACUGUCCAGCGGUGAUCUUCUUCGAAAGAAUAUUAUGGAAGAGUCAGCUCUGGGACUGGAGGCUCGAGCCUACAUUGAAGAGGGCGGUCUUGUGCCUGAUGAACUAGUGGUGGAGUUGAUCCUCAAGGAGCUUUCAACGUUGAAGGGAAAGAGCUGGAUGUUGGAUGGGUUCCCUCGAACAUUGAGUCAAGCUAAAAUACUGGAUGCGCAUUUGAAAGAAGAGUCUCAGCCUCUAGAUCUGGUACUAAAUCUGGAUGUUCCGGAAGGAGUAAUUCUGCAGCGUAUAAUAGAUCGAUGGAUUCAUCCCGCUAGUGGAAGAACAUACAACAUGUCUUAUAAUCCCCCUAAGCGAGUAGGAUUCGAUGAUGUUACAGGGGAACCGUUGGCUAAGCGACCGGAUGACAACGUGGAAACAUUCAAACAUCGGCUGGAUAAAUAUUACGAACUGACAAGGCCAUUACUCAGUUAUUAUCAAGUUCAGGGUAUUCUUCGAAACUUCCAAGGUUCUACAUCUGAUCAGUUGUAUCCUCUAAUUCAAGCGGAACUGGAGACUUAUUUGAAUUAACAACCACUCGCCAUUUUUCGCGAUCGGUGCUCGUAAAUAUUCCCUCUGAAGAUUGAAGUCCCCCGAGGGAACAACUAGCGACGCACUGCAUUGUUGAUAAUCCGUUUUCGCGCCAAAAGCAGUGGAAUACAUGUUGUAGUCCAUAUGUACAUUAUUAGCAAAAACUCUAUAUUACAUUAAAUUACGACCACCAGUGUAUAGCGCGGUGAAGAUCACCGAUCUCGGGUUGGUUCAUGAAA